UCGCAAGAGCCAAAUGAAGCUGAACGACAGUAUCUCGAUGCUGGCCUAGUUAGAACCAAAGGCACACUGUUCCUCCUUCCUCCCUCAACGGACGUUUUACGCAGGACAUUCAAUUCUCCUCCCCGCCCCAUAACACGGAUGUUGUCAGGCACAAUUGCACUCUGCAAACAUUUCGAACGUGGAGGUGCAUCUUCCGAGCACGGCCGACAUCACCCUCUUUGGACCCUGCCCACUGGGAGUGAUGAGAAGAAAAUAAACACUACUGGUUAAACAUUGGAAUCCAUGUUAGCGCAGGCGGUCUGGAAGAAUGUCAUGCUGCUGCACCACGGAGUGGCUGUUUAUGAGAUUAGG